AUGACUGAUAGCAGUAAUUUUGGUAGUGUGCAAACAAAUGUGGUUCGGCAGCCUCACACCAGUAGUAGUGCCACAGUUCCCGGUUCGUCCCAAACGGAUAAUCAUUUUGUAAUUGCUAAAUGUCGGAGAAAUACAGAUGUUCCACCAAACCAGAACGCUACUAACAAUCAAGAAUCUACGGAAGAUUCGGACGUAGAAGAGAAAAUACUCGUCGUGUACUGCCGAGCCGGGAAGUUGGGGGCCGCCUACUACACGCUACAGACGGGAGAGCUCCACAUUCUAGAUGAAAUCGUAGACCGUCCACCAGAGUUCCUGAUGUUUCUAAACCUGUUCCGGCAAGUGGCUCCGUCCAGGGUGCUCCUGGACGGCAAGACGCAGGGCGCCUUCGUGCAGGCCGUCAAGAAGACCGUCUUUGACUGUGACGGAAGCGGCGAGGGCUCUUGCAAGCUCAUGUUCAUAUCAGCGAGAGAGUACAGUUUCGAAGCCUGCAAGCGCCGCAUCCUCACACUGUCCCUCCCACACGAACCUCCCAACUGUUCCGAAGACGAGCGCACUCUCUUCCUCCGGACAGUGGUGGACUUCAACCAGACACAAAGCGUGCACGCUUUAGGCGCCCUCCUGCGGUAUCUGGACCUCAACUGGUCCUCGCUCUGCAUGGACCUGCAUAGCAAGCCGCAGUUUUUGAGGUUGAAGAAGAUUUCGCUCGCAGACAUAGUAACCAUGGACGAGGACACGUACCGCGGGCUGCAGAUCUUCAGCUCAGUAUCGCACCCCAGCGGCUUCAAGCGCGGCGUGCACGGCUCCAACAAGGAGGGCCUCAGCCUGUUCUACGUGCUCAGCAAGUGCAGCUCCAAGACUGGACAGAGCAGGAUGCGCGCUGACAUAGUAACCAUGGACGAGGACACGUACCGCGGGCUGCAGAUCUUCAGCUCGGUGUCGCACCCCAGCGGCUUCAAGCGCGGCGUGCACGGCUCCAACAAGGAGGGCCUCAGCCUGUUCUACGUGCUCAGCAAGUGCAGCUCCAAGACUGGACAGAGCAGGAUGCGCGCUGACAUAGUAACCAUGGACGAGGACACGUACCGCGGGCUGCAGAUCUUCAGCUCAGUAUUACACCCCAGCGGCUUCAAGCGCGGCGUGCACGGCUCCAACAAGGAGGGGCUCAGCUUGUUCUACGUGCUCAUACCCAUGGACAAGGACACGUACCGCGGGCUGCAGGUCUUCAGCUCGAUGUCGCACCCCAGCGGCUUCAAGCGCGGCGUGCACGGCUCCAGCAAGGAGGGCCUCAGCCUGUUCUACGUGCUCAGCAAGUGCAGCUCCAAGACUGGGCAGAGCAGGAUGCGCUCGAUGUCGCACCCCAGCGGCUUCAAGCGCGGCGUGCACGGCUCCAACAAGGAGGGGCUUAGCCUGUUCUAUGUGCUCAGCAAGUGCAGCUCCAAAACUGGGCAGAGCAGGAUGCGCGCUGACAUAGUAACCAUGGACGAGGACACGUACCGCGGGCUGCAGAUCUUCAGCUCAGUAUCGCACCCCAGCGGCUUCAAGCGCGGCGUGCACGGCUCCAGCAAGGAGGGCCUCAGCCUGUUCUACGUGCUCAUACCCAUGGACGAGGACACGUACCGCGGGCUGCAGAUCUUCAGCUCGGUCUCGCACCCCAGCGGCUUCAAGCGCGGCGUGCACGGCUCCAGCAAGGAGGGGCUCAGCCUGUUCUACGUGCUCAGCAAGUGCAGCUCUAAGACUGGACAGAGCAGGAUGCGGUUGUUAAUGCAACACCCAACCACGGACUUGGAGACGCUGCGGCGUCGGCAGGACGUGAUAGCUUUUUUCCUGAGGCCGCAGAGUGACGUCAUCAUGAAGAACAUGUGCUCCUCACUCCGGUUCAUCAAGAAUGUCAACGGAAUAUUAGCGAAAAUCAAAGCUCUUUCUGCAAAGGCGUACCAAUGGAAAUCGCUUUAUAAUACAUUAUACAACGCAGUGCUAAUAUGUGAAAUGUGCGAGGGUGCGGCGAGGUCCAGCGAGUUUCUGCAAGAACUAGCUUCUUGCGACAAUAAUAAACUUUAUGAAAUGGCUCUGUACAUGAACAGAAUAAUAGACUUUGAUCUGACAAAAUCUGAAGGGAAGUUCACCGUCAAGGCUGGACUAGACCCUGACCUUGAUAUGAAGAAGCAGACGAUGGCCAGCCUCCACGGGCUGAUGUCGGAGACGGCGAAGGUGGAGCUGGAGCGGCUGCCGGGCUUCGUGCAGGAGUGCACCAUGCUCUACAUGCCGCACUUGGGCUACUUACUAGGAGUUAAGGCCUGGGCGGACGACCUGACUAUGGAGCAGAAGGAACUGCCCAAUAUGAGGUUCAUGUUUCAGAACAAUGAUUACAUCCAUUACAAAAGCAAAGGAUGCGAAGAACUGGACAUGAUGAUUGGGGACACGUAUCCAGAGAUAGUCGCGCACGAAACGCGUAUCAUGAUGCGGUUGACCACCAUCAUUUUGGAGAAUCUCCACACACUGGCUGCUGUCAUCGACAAGUGCUCUGAGCUGGAUUGCCUCAUAGCCAUAUCAAAAGUAUGCAAGGAGUUCGGCUUCGUCCGCCCUACCCUGACCACAGAGAAAGUGCUCAGCAUCACGCAAGGAAGGCACCCGCUGCACGCUGCCGCGAGCGACUGCUUCGUGCCCAACGACGCCGAGAGCAGCCGGGAGGCGGGCCUAGUCAAGAUCCUUACAGGGCCCAACUCUAGCGGGAAGUCUGUUUAUAUGAAGCAGAUUGGUCUGAUCGUGUACCUGGCUCACAUCGGCAGCUUCGUGCCGGCAGAGCGCGCCACUAUCGGCGUGGUCGCGCACAUCUACAGCCGCAUUCAGUCCACUGAAUGUGUAGCCGCUCACAUGUCUGCCUUCCUGAUCGACCUGAGACAGAUGGCGCUAGCUCUCCAAGAAUCCACUUCCAACUCCCUGAUCAUAAUCGACGAAUUCGGCAAAGGGACGUCCGAGGUGGACGGUCUGGCGCUGUUAGCCGCUUGUCUCAACAGCUUCCUAUUCAGAGAGGACAACUGCCCUCAUCUGCUGCUGUCCACGCACUUCUUGGACAUACAGAAGUAUAUCGUGAACACGCCGAUUGUGAGGUUUCAGCGCUUCGAGCAUACGCUGCAAGACGGUGAGCCUGUGUUCCUAUUCCGCCUGAUAGAGGGC